AUGUCCGACUGGGCAAUCCUGAUGGGGAAGAGAAGGAUUUGGGCGCAGAGCUUGGACUGGAACCAGCAGCCACGCCCCGAGCAGACAUUCCUCCAAAAUCCAGAACCUGCGCAGGUACAGUGCCCAGAUCUGUACGCUGAGCCGCCGGACGUAACAGUGGAAAAAGCAACACAACCAGUAGAGGAUGGAGCUGAAGCAGACGACUCAUUAUUGGCUACCUCGCUUCGCGCGAUUGCCAGUCAUUUCUGCUCCUAUAAGGAAGAUCGUGUCUGGAACUCUCGACCUGGACAAAGGGAGUACGAGUCGCUUCGCUGUUUCUUCGCCGAGCGCCUGGAGACGUACCAAAAAGAGCUGGACCAGGCGCGCGAGAAGGCAUGGAACAAGUGGAAGGAGUUCAGCGCCACCGUCGUCAUAGACAAGACGCAGCUCAAAGAAUUGGUACGCGAAGGGCAUCAGAUAGUGCCUACCCAGUGGGUAGAAGUGGACAAGAAUUUCGCGCAAAGACUUCUUGAUUCAACGGUAGAGCCGAAGUACAAAAGUGGAGAAGAGAUUGACAGAAUCCUUCUCUUGUCUCAGCCGAAGUCAAGCCUGACGAGCAUAUGCUCGCGGAUUUGCCGUGCGCUGUACAGCUUCACGGACGCCAAUGGGGUGGUACAGAUGCUCAUGACGUCCCAUGUGGUGUGUUGGACUGGAAGGGACUGGAAGAAGCCCGGAGCUCUCGUGAAUCUGGUGAUCGCGGAUGCUUCGCAUGCAAACGAGUGGAAAGACACUGACGUGAUGAUUGCUGACCCGCUCUUGAAGGUGAUGGAGCCAGUUAAGCUGGUAAAAGCCCUGGAAACCGACGUCUUGGACGUUGAGCUUCCGACUGGUGGAUCCAGCGACUCCAUUUCCGAUGUGGUUCCGACUGCUACGCCUGACACCAAGACCGGCUUGGAGAGAGGCACAUGUGCCAGCGACGAACGUCCAAGCAUUUGGACGUGGCGCAGCUGUGGUCUUCCCCUUGGUGGUUUCUUCCUUUCUUUCCUGAAUGCCCUGGCUACCAGCGUGGGCUACGGCUUCUUCCUCGGGUACAUGGGGCUGGACGCCUACGUGGUUUUGUCCAUUAACGCCCUCAUGAAGCUGCCGCAGGUGUUGCUUUUGCCCUUCGGCAUGAUGAACGACUGCUUCCCCAUCUUUGGCCAGCACAGGAAGCCUUACUUCGUGGCAUCUUGGAUCGUGGUUGGCAGUGCUCUCUUGGUGAUGAGCAUCCGCCCGCUCCCCAAGCCGUAUUUCUGCCAGAAUCCAGAUGGCAGCUAUGACAUCAUGUCGCCACCCUGCAACCUCGAGAUCCAUUCUUUGAAGAAUUGGUAUGUGUUCCCGAUGGUCUUCCUUGUCGCCGGCAUUCAGAUGGGGUGUGUGGCAGGUGAGGGCCUGUUGUUGGAGUAUUCCCAGCGCGAGCCAAUGGAGUCCCGAGGGAAGAUGAAGGCGGAGUUCACCAUGAUCACCAUGGCAGGUUCCCUGGCUUCCGCCGGUUUUGUCGGUGUGUUCAUGAACGGCAAGGAGUACUUGGGCACGUUCGACUGGGGCAUGUCCUUCCGAAGCCUGAUGGCCGUGUGCUUCGUGAUCGCGACCGCCUUUAUCCCUCUAAGCCUUUGGUGCGUCCAGGAGCCCGAGAAGGUGGCCCCGGCAUCAUGUUUGUCAAGCGUAAAAUCUUCAUGGAAGCUCAUCAAGAACAAAGGCCUGUCCGCCGUGCUGAUCUUCGCCUUCAUCAUGCAGUUCUUUUCCACCAUCUCGACAACUGCAGGGCCCAUGGUUCGCAGCCAGUGGGCUGAGGUGAAGGUCUUGCAGCAGCAGAUGUUCCUCAUGGGCACCAUGUUGGUAAUGAUGUUGGCAACUUGGGUCUACAAGGAGUACUUCCUCCACACCUGCUGGCGCAAGGCGAUUCUCCUUGCAGUCUUCGGCCUGACCAUCUCGGACUCCGUCCCAACCUUCCUCACCGUGUUCAAUGUGAUCAGAGAUCAGUAUUUCUUCCUUGGUGAAGACAUUAUUGGCGCGGUGCCCACCACGACCCUUUCCUUGGUUAUGAACUUGAUGGUCAUUGAACUCGCAGAGCCUGGACGAGAAGGCCUCUGCUAUGGUUUGAUUGGGACUGUCAUGCAUGCCAGCCAGCCCAUUGCCACCGCCAUGAGCAAUCAGGUUUUCGGCCUCUUCCAGCCCAACCUGUCCGAUCCCCGCAACUACCUUGCAGACACGCCCAGCUUCAGGAACACUGUCGCGUUGUCCUACGUGCUAGCCUACGGUACUUCCGUGCUUGGAACACUUGCGCUGCCUUUGAUCCCAAAGCAGAAGGCUGAUGCCCAAUCGCGUAAGAAGGAGUGGAGCUCCAGCACUGCUAUGGCAAC